AGACACACAUACACACAGACAGACGGGCUGUGUGGAGCCCCUCCCGGUGCCGCUGUUGGUGUCGGUGCCGCGGUGUUGGCCUCCGCGCACUCGGGAAAGUGAGAGCCACUACUGCGGGAUCGAAGUCCUUGCACACACGCUCGUUGCGAUGGGUGGUCAACAAGAAGAACAUUCAGCUGUCAAGCUCUUCCGAGAAUACCUGAGGCUCAGGACGGUCCACCCUCAGCCAGACUAUGAUGGCGCUGUUGCAUUCCUGGAGAAACUUGGUGCAGAGUUGGGGCUGCCCUGUAAGAAGGUGGAGGUUUAUCCGGGCCGAGUGAUCACGAUACUUACCUGGGAAGGAACGGAUCCACACCUGAGAUCUCUUCUCCUCAACUCCCACACGGAUGUGGUUCCGGUCUAUGAGGAACACUGGAAACAUGAUCCGUUUGCUGCAGUGAAAGACGAACUGGGUAAUAUCUAUGGACGAGGCACCCAGGAUAUGAAGUGUGUCACCAUUCAAUAUAUCGAAGCCAUUCGAAGAUUGAAGACGGAGGGGAAACGCUUUCCUCGCACAAUUCACCUGACAUUUGUCCCAGAUGAAGAGGUUGGAGGUUUCAAAGGGAUGAAGAAAUUUGUGGAACUCAAGGAGUUUCAGGCAUUGAAUGUUGGCUUCGGGCUGGAUGAAGGUCUUGCCAAUCCUGGUGAUGCCUUCACCGUGUUCUACGGUGAGAGGAAUGUGUGGUGGAUUUCGGUGAAAUGUACCGGAAACCCAGGCCAUGGAUCACGAUUCAUAGAAAACACUGCAGCAGAAAAGCUGCGCAAGGUUAUCAAUUCUUUCCUGGAUUUCAGAGAGAAAGAGAGAAAGAGGCUGAACCAGAGUGAGUGUUUGGCAUUGGGCGACGUCACCACUGUUAACAUGACCAUGUUAAACGGAGGUGUAGCCUAUAAUGUUGUUCCCAAUGAGAUGACAGCUGGCUUUGAUAUUCGAAUCCCCCCGACUGUGGACUUGAAGGUGUUCGAGGAACAGAUCAGUACUUGGUGUCAGGAGGCUGGAGAUGGUGUUGGCUACGAGUUCCAUCAGAAAACCAUGGAUCAGCAAGUGACAUCAAUUGACAAGUCCAAUCCCUGGUGGAAUGCCUUCUACACCACUUGUCAGCAAAUGAAUCUGAAGCUUCAGUGUGAGAUCUUCCCUGCAGCUACAGACAUCCGGUUCAUUCGUGAGAUCGGCUGUCCUGCUAUCGGUUUCUCCCCCAUGAGCCACACUCCGAUUCUACUGCACGACCACAAUGAGUUCUUGAACGAAAAAGUGUUCCUGAAAGGAAUUGACGUCUACACAGAACUAAUCCCGGCCCUGGCAAGUGUCCCACCUUUGGAGGGUGAAGCCUGAGACGGAACAGCACACCCAGACACCAACCCCCAGUGAUUCGUUUUAAACAAUAAAUAUUACUGGUGCUGUUUUCGGUGAUAUUCGCCUGAUAAAUUUUACCGAUUAAGUGUGUCAUUCAGGCUUCGAUAUAAAAAGUGAUUUGCUUUUUGUAUAAUUAAUUCAUUUAUUAAUUGUUGGGGCAGAACUUGCGUUCUGUUUCCCAUCCUAGACUUUUAUUCAGGAGUUGGGGGGGUGGCUUUUUAAACCCUUGUGUUCUUCUACAACGCAGCCCUGGAAUCAGACUCCAUAAUAGUGAUCUGCCAUCAAAUUGUGUUCAAAAUUAUGAGGGGUUUUGAUAGAGUAGAUUGGGG